AUAAUACAAUGUUAUCCUUUGCAGUUUAUCGGAGCAUGUAAAGACCCUUUGAUGGUGAUAGUCACGGAACUUUUACCAGGAAUGUCACUCCGAAAGUAUUUAUCCAGUGUGCGUCCAAAGCAGUUGGAAAUGCAUGUGGUGUUAAAUUUUGCUCUUGACAUUGCUCGGGCUAUGGACUGUUUACAUGCAAAUGGGAUUAUACAUAGAGAUUUAAAACCUGACAAUUUGUUGCUUACUGCCAAUCACAAGUCUGUGAAGCUUGCUGAUUUUGGUCUUGCGAGAGAAGAAACUGUUACUGAGAUGAUGACUGCAGAAACUGGGACAUAUCGUUGGAUGGCACCAGAGUUGUAUAGUACCGUGACACUACGUCAAGGGGAGAAGAAGCACUACAAUAACAAAGUUGAUGUUUACAGUUUUGGUAUUGUCCUGUGGGAAUUACUGACAAAUCGCAUGCCAUUUGAGGGAAUGUCAAAUUUGCAGGCUGCUUAUGCUGCUGCUUUCAAGCAAGAGCGGCCUAAUCUUUCAGAAGACAUCCCGACAGAUCUAGCAUUUAUUAUACAGUCAUGCUGGGUUGAGGAUCCUAAUAUGCGACCCAGCUUCAGUCAGAUUGUUCGGAUGCUCAAUGAAUUCCUCUCCACACUUCCUCCACAGUCUCCAUCUUUACCCGAACAUAACUUCUCUGAGGAAGCAAUGACAAGCAAUGGUUCUAUCACUGAGUUUUCUGCUCGGGCAAGAGGGAAAUUUGCUUUUCUUCGCCAACUUUUUGCUGCAAAGAAGGCGAGGAACUCACAAUAACAGGUAAUUUUGAGAAGUUUUUGCAGUUCCCAACUUGGAGAAAAGGAACAAGCUAGUUAUAUUUGUAAAGUUCCUUCCCUUUAUUUCUUGGUAAGGAAGGAUUAUAAUUACUGAACGGAUAUAAUGAUUAGCUAGGAAACUUCAAAAGUAUUUAGCAGAAAAAGCAGUUGACCACGUAUUAUAACAAUGAUGUUCUGUAUACCUUACUUGUGCGUCAAUGCAUAUUCUGCUUUGGAAAUUUUCUCGAAUACAGUUUAAGAUUUUAUUUCUAUGAAUAUUUGGCGGAUUCUUGAACUGUCAAAUUAGCUCAUUCUGUAAGCUUCUGCUAAUAGUCAUUUAAAAGUUUAAUGAUCUA